CUCGCUGGGGAUAUUCGCGCAAAUAAGAACGGGGAGAGGGAUUGAGGAUUGAGAGCGGGUCGGUUCGCCUGUAUCUCUUGCCUUCUGCUAGAGGGGAGAAGGCAAAGUCUGACACCACCUUAUUUAUCAGCGAGCUAGAGGAAGAACAUCAGCAUUUGCAACCAGCAGUGCCCCAUUGAAAUCCCUUAACGCUGUUCGGUCCCUACAGUGAUGGAUAAGGAUCCUUUGCUCCAGCUCCGGGUCUUUGACCUCAAUUGCUGGGCACUUCGAUACUUGAGCAAAUUACGGCAAGAGCGCAUUGCACUGAUCGGCGACGUCCUUAGCCAGGAGGGAUUUGACCUGGCACUCUUACAGGAGGUAUGGAGUGAGAGAGACUAUUGGGAGCUGAAAAAGAAACUGUCUUCCUGCUACCCUUCUUCGCACUAUUUCAAAAGUGGGGUGAUUGGCAGUGGGCUCUGCAUCUUCUCCAAACACCAGAUCUUGGACACCUUUCUAUACCAGUAUUCCGUGAAUGGCUAUCCAUACAUGCUCCAGCAUGGGGACUGGUUUUGUGGCAAGUCUGUGGGGCUUGUGGAACUAAAGAUCCAGGAUAUAGUCUUCAAUGUCUAUGUGACACAUCUUCAUGCAGAGUAUUGUCGGGAGAAAGAUGCUUACCUGCCUCAUCGAGUAGUCCAGGCCUGGGAACUUGGCCAGUUUAUACAGCAUACUUCCAAAGGGGCUGACAUUGUGCUGCUUGGUGGGGAUCUGAAUAUGCAUCCAGAAGAUGUUGGCAUUAGGCUGUUGCGAGGCUGGGCAGGUCUGCAGGACUCCUUCACUGCUGCAGAGAAGGUUGAGGGCUGUGAGGAUGGCUCUACUUUGCUGCCUGCCAACUGUUUCACCAACCAGAAGGAAAUGCAGUUUUAUCCUCAGGGAAUUCGUAUUGACUACAUUCUUUAUAAGGGUUCAUCUCAGUACAAAAUAAGAUGCAACAGUCAUGUGACUACCACUGGAACAGUUCCUGGCAAGGGUAUCCCUUACUCAGACCAUGAAGCUGUGGUUGCCAUACUGUCGGUGGAGAAAAGAGAACCAGACAAAGCCCUGAAUCAUCCUAUCGUUGAGCCUAUGCUGGUAGACAUCUUGAACGAAGCCCGGAUGGAGGUGAGGGUGGGACUGCUUUCUGCAGAGCGCCAGCGGUACUCCUGUGGGCGUAUGGCUGUACUGGCCCUGCUUCUGCUGCUCAUGCAAGGAACCAUGGGCCUGACUUCCAUGUUCGGUAGAACCAUGCAGCCAUUCCCCAAGUUCUCCUUCUCUCUGCUUGGCCUGUUGGCAGUGGUGGUGUUGCUCAUCUCGGCUGUACUCUAUCUCUUCCACACCAUUGAGGUGAAGAUCCUACAGGGGACUGAGGAGCAAAUGCGAGUGGGGCUCCAGUCACUCCAUGACAAAUUAAACUCUGGCUGAUCUUCUUGGCAGAGCCUCCAUAGGGACCAAGAGACCCUUGUGGGAGGAGAAACCCAGUGAGGUCCUCUCCGCUGCCAAGGUUUUAAUGACUAGGGGUGUAUGUGUGGCAGUAAUUUAGCAUUUGAUGCUGUAAAGGUUUUAUAGCUGUAUUUUAGGGAAAUUCACUUUGGUUGGUUGGAGAAAUUAUUGGAUGGGAACUAGUAUGUCAAUGCCUGUUAUGCUCUCCAGAAGGGAAUUUUGAAAAGCAUGUCUAGACCUGACUCAAUUGUAGCAGUUUUAAGAAACCAGUGUUUUAUCAUAAUCCAGCAGUGUUGCUUGAGCAGCCUGAAACAAGACUGAUUCACACACAGCUGCAUUAGAAAUGCAAAAGGUGGCACAAAACAUCUGCGAGGAUAUACUGUGUUCAUAACUCCCCACCCCCCACCCCUUUCUGAGUUUUAGAAAUCUUGUGCUAUGUCGGUGCCAGGAAUGGAUGGGCUUGAGCGACUAGCAAGGUUUUAGCACUAGCCUCCGAUUUGCAGGGUUUUUUAAAAAACUAAUCCGAUCUUGUUUCCAUCUCUGGGUGUCCUCCUGGCAAUAGGUGUAGUUCUUCGUAUAGCUAUGGGGUUGCUGCCAGAUGUUCCGUCUUUUAACAGGAAUGUAGAAUCUUGUGAUGCUAUAAAACAGGGGUCCUCAGUGUGGUGCCUCUAGGCACCACGGCUCCCACCAACACCUUUUCUGGCACUUGCAGAGUGGUUUUAGAAACUUGGUGAGGCUGCCAGAGCUUCUGAUUGCAAAUCUAUUGACUGUACAGAUUUUUUUUUUAAGUGGCUCUGACAGCAGAUGCCACCACAGCACAAAGAUCUUCACUGCAUUACCGAAGGUAAGCUGCAUGUAUUCAAGAAAGUUUUGAAAAGGCAUCCUGUUAAACAGCUUUUGCCUGAAAUAUUGAACUUACUAUUCGAGUUACAUAUAACCUCACACACCCUGACAUUUUGUGGUGGCUGUGCCUCCUCCAAUGACUGUUUGGUUGUUGCACCCACCAUCCUGUGUCAAAAUUCUGUAAGUGCCCAUAGGCUGAGGACUCUUGCUAUAAAGAUGUCAUUUCAGAAAUCACAGAUUGUGGGCUGCUUUUGGAUCUGGCAACACAAGAUUAACAUAGGAGGUAGCUUUUAUCAAUGAAAAUUAGUUCUUGAAAUUAAUCAUCAUUUAUGUAACCCUUUAAUGUACAUUUGUCUUAUUUUUCCAGUGCUUUUGUGAUGCACGUCACUAUGGUUCCCAUUUUAUAGAGGGAUGGGCUGAGGCUGAGAGAUGAUUGGCUUGCCCAAAACCAGAUUGUAAUUGUACAGUUGUGGUAGUCUAAGCAUGACUAGCUCUCAGCAUUCUGUGUAUCUUAUGGAUAGCCAUGGUGGAAGAAAGGCCCAGAGGCUAUUUCUGAAGUAGAAGUUAAGCAGCCUAUGAAGUGCAUUUAGCUUUCCAAAAUACCUUGGAGCAAAGUUUACAAAUCUUCUCUUGAUGCUUCACUUCUCUUGCAGGAACAUUUCAGAGUACUUAAUGUUGUUCCAUUCUGUGCUGCAGAAUUACUGCAUCCGCUGCAGUUAUGCUUUUGAAAAGGACAUAGGCUUGAACUGGGUAUUGGGUUGGAUCCUGUAAUCCAGGGGGGCCAAGGAUCAUGGAUCUUUCCUAUGUUCUCUGCAGUUGAUUCUGGGGACUGUAAGAGCUAUGUAGACUAAUAGACCUGUGGGGUGGCGGCUGCACUGAAAAGGGGGAAGGGAGUGAAUUUCCCACUUCCCCCUCAAAUACCAGCGGUGGUAAUGUAAGAUGUAGGAUGGUGCCCCCCUCCCCCAAUAAUACAGCCCCCUGACCCAUAUGGGUCGGGAGGGUAAUGAUCCAGGAUGGUAAUACAGUGGAUCUAAUACAGUGGUGGUGACCAUUUUUAAUGCUGUGCAUCUCCUCUCUAUGUGUGUUUCUUUAAUAGAGUGGGGGUGGGUGGGAGGGAGAAUGUGAACAUGGAUCAUUCCCGUGUUUCCCUCCUGCCCCCUGGAAAGUUGAUUCUCAGAGUUGCGGGACCUACUCAGAUUAAUAGCGAUGCAGGUCAUGGGGCUGUUUUAACUCCAUGAUCUACUGCUCCUCUAGCUAAUUCCUCCAUAGCAGUGCUUAUUAUUUUGUUUUUUAUACUGUAAUUUCUCCAUC